UUCGCUUCCGUACUGAUUAUUGUUUGCAAACAAGUUGUUCCCUGCAGCGGGCAACAUAAACAACUACCAAUCAACAGCUGGUUGAUUUUGUCGAUGAAAAGUUGACCCACUCCUUUCGAAGCUACCUUGGUGCUAUCGACCAAACACGGUUGAAGCUUUUUUCCAUUGGCGAAUAUUUUGCGCUGCAUACGUUCCAGCACCGUGCUACCGUUAAGUUCUAUUCAUCAUAACUGCGUUUUAAAAUGUCUACAAUUCGCAGAGGUAGUAAAUCUGCUCGUGGUAAGACCGGAAAAAUCUCCAAUCCCAAAGGAAGCUCUACGGCCGGUAGUAACAACGGUCUACCGAAGGAUAAAGUCCCGCCCAAGCAGGACAGCGAGGAGUCGGAAUCGACGGACGCCGUAUCAUCGUCGGACGAAGAGGAGCGCUGGAAGGACUCCAAGCAUACCAACGAUGUGCCCUCGGAAUACUGGCACAUCCAGAAGUUGGUCAAGUACAUGAAGGCGGGCAACCAGACGGCCACGAUUGUGGCGCUAUGUUGCCUCAAGGAUCACGACCUGACGACGCAGAUGAACCAACGGGCGAUCCAGGACUGCGGCGGGCUGGAAGUGCUUGUCAAUCUACUCGAGAGCAACGAUCUCAAGUGUCGACUGGGAGCACUGACGGUCCUGUCGGAGAUCUCGUCCAACUUGGACAUCCGCCGGUCGAUAGUUGACCUAGGAGGUAUUCCGCUGUUAGUGCAGAUACUGUCGGAACCCGGACGGGACCUGAAGGUAAUGGCAGCCGAAACGCUGGGCAAUGUGGCCAAGGUGCGGCUUGCGCGCAAGCUGGUCCGAAAGUGCGGCGGGGUGCCCCGGCUGGUUGAUUUGCUCGACGUUAAUAUCAGCAUUCUGCGGUCCCAGCGCGACCAGCUCAGCGAGGACGAGCGCGAAAUGUUGGACAUGGCCCGCGCCGGGGCGCGUGCUCUCUGGUCUCUGUCCGAGUCCCGACACAACAAGGAACUGAUGUGCAAGGGAGGCAUCGUCCCGUUGAUGGGGAGACUGCUGAAGAGCGUUCACAUCGACAUCGUGGUUCCGACUAUGGGUACCAUACAGCAGUGCGCCUCGCAGGCCAACUAUCAGCUGGCAAUCACCACCGAGGGAAUGAUUUUCGACAUCGUGUCGCACCUGACCUCGGACAACCUGGACCUGAAGCGGCAGUGCAGCUCAGCGAUCUUCAAAUGCGCCAGUGAUAAGACAGCAAGCGAUAUGGUCCGUGAGUCGGGAGGCUUAGAACCGUUGGUCGGUAUUGCCCGAGACAAAUCCGUGCGAGACAACAAGCCAUUGUUGGCGGCAGCAACGGGUGCACUGUGGAAGUGUGCGGCUAGUGAAGCGAAUGUUAGAAAGCUUGAUCAACUGAAGACAGUUCAGGUUCUGGUACAGUUGCUCAAUGACGAGAGCGAGGAUGUACUUACCAAUGCCGUUGGGGCUAUCUCGGAGUGCGUCAAGUAUCAGAACAACCGCGAAACGCUCCGCCAGUGCGGCGGCAUACCACUAUUGGUCAAUUUGCUCAACAUGACUCACGCACCACUUCUGGAAAAUAUCGCCAAAACGCUCAAUGAGUGCGCAUCCGAUCCGGAAAGUAUGACCAUCAUGGAAGAUCUGGAUGCCAUCCGUUUGAUAUGGUCACUUUUGAAAAACUCCAAUCCGAAAGUGCAAGCCCACGCUGCAUGGGCUCUCUGUCCUUGUAUUGAAAAUGCGAAGGACUCUGGAGAGCUGGUACGUAGCUUUGUCGGUGCUUUGGAACUGGUCGUUGGACUGCUAAGCUCUCGAGACAACUUUGUAUUAUCUGCUGUAUGUGCCGCAAUAGCCACAAUUGCCAAGGAUAGAGAAAACCUUUCAGUUCUCUCCGACCACAAAGUAAUCCCAAUGCUGGCUCAUCUCGUCUACACCACGGACGACCUUCUACGAGAAAAUUUGGCGGCUGCCAUAGCCAGCUGUGCGCCGUAUGCCCAAAACACACAAGAGCUGGGUCGGCUGAGAACCGUCACGCCCAUCGUCGGAUACAUGGUCAGUAACAACCCACGAGUGCACCGCACCACAGCAAUGGCGCUACAGAAACUUUCGGAAGACCCUCAGAAUUGCAUCACGAUGCAUCAGAGUGGCGUGGUUCCAUUUCUUUUGGAAACUGUUGGCUCUAAGGAUCGUGAACUACAAGAGGCUUCCGCUGGUUGUUUGCAGAAUAUCCGAAAGCUGGCACUGCGAGCGGAGGAACUCGAGUUUCAUGGAGAACAUUAGGAGAGAUUAUGUUAUAAUUCACAACAUUGUGUUCUUCACAUGCGUUUGAUGUCUUGUUUGCCAACAAUUGGAAAAUUAUAUCGUAUUAUUUUAAAAAGUUAUCAAAAUACUUCUCUAUUCGAUUCGGUUCGUUUGAAUUUGAGUACAAUUAAUUUAUCAAAGGCCUUAUCCCUCCCCUCAGAUAGGUGAUCUUGAUGCGAUGGGUGGGCUUACGCUAUUAGCACUCAGAUGGCCACCAAAGAUAUAUCUUUUCGUGGUGGUAUCACAUGUUGAUUAUUUUGGUUCGGUGCCGCGUCACAUAUCUGCCAUUGACGAAUUGAUUUUACGCAUGUGCAUGUGAUCCAACGUGUGCAGUCAGGUAGAGGUUUUUUUCAUCAGUGAUAAUGAUGCGAGUUCUCUUCUUUUUGGCAAUAGUUUUCUGAAGCGUUCCCCGAUGAGAUGAUGCUACGAUGAGUCGUAGCUACCAUGGGCGUAGCCAGGAUUUCGAACAGGGAGGGGCGAUUUUUUUAAGAUCAUCUAAAUCAUUGUUUUAAUCGGCUACACAAAAACGUAGUAGCGAAUUUACUAUAUUUUCUAAAGCUACGAUGAAAACUGAAUUCACGAUACUACGAUGAAAUUCACUUUGAUAAAAAUAUCUGAGCAGAAUACGCAAUCAAUUGGACCUCGGUCCACUAAGCUAGGAAGAAAAACACAAAACAUUCAACACCACUUAUUUUUUUAAAACUCACUCACUAAUUUAACCAUCAAAUUAAACUAAAAUUACACAAGCAAAAUCUUAAAUUUUCAAGAACUGAACGUAAGUAUUUUAUUCGCGCACUUCUGCUCUCCAGCCGAUUCGUAGACGAAAUGAGCGAGUCUGAAUCGUACUUGCGCCAAGAAAUUUUGAAUCUUUUGAAAUCAUUUUACUAUUCAACUAUUCAAAUCUGAGCUAUCAUUCAAUUUGAUUCUAAAGCAUAUUCAAAUAAAAUUGCGCCAACCGAUUAGCAUGGCACCUGUUUGCCGUCUAUUUGUAGCUUUUAUAACAAAUACUAUAAACUUGAAGUUGAUACAGGAACAAACAGAUUUUACGAACGCAUGAAACAUGACACAUGAUCACAGAUUAAAACAAAUUUUGAAAUUUAUUUUUAUUUAAACGGUUCUAAUUGAAUAUUUUUAUUUAAACUUAAUUGAAAUAAACGAGGGUGUGCAAAACUGUGUAGAGAUUUCGGGCAAACACUCCAGUUUGUUCGAAUCGCGCCGGGGACUAAGACAAGGUGAUGGACUUUCGUGCCUGUUGUUGAACAUUGCGCUAGAAGGUGUCAUGUGGAGAGCCGGGUGUAACAGCCGGGGAACGAUUUUCAACAGAUCCAGUCAAUUUAUUUGUUUCGCGGAUGACAUGGACAUUGUCGGCCGAACAUUUGCAAAGGUGGCAGAACUGUACACCCGCCUGAAACGUGAAGCAACAACAUUUGGACUGGUGGUGAAUGCGUCAAAGACAAAGUACAUGCUUGUGGGCUGAACCGAGCGCGACAGGGCCCGCCUGGGAAGCAGUGCUAGGAUAGAUGGGGAUACCUUCGAGGUGGUCGAGGAAUUCGUCUACCUCGGAUCCUUGCCAACGGCUGAUAACAAUGUUAGUCGUGAAAUACGAAGGCACGUCAUCUGUGGAAGUCGGGUCUACUACGGGUUCCAGAAGAAAAUGCGCACCAAAUGUGUCAUGUACAAGACGCUAAUAAGACCGGUUGUCCUCUACGGACAUGAAACAUGGACAAUGCUCGAGGAGGACUUGCAAGCACUCGGAGUAUUCGAGAGACGGAUGCUUAGGACCAUCUUUGGCGGUGUGCAAGAAGACGGUGUGUGACGGCGAAGAAUGAACCACGAGCUCGCCCAGCUCUACGGCGAACCCAGUAUCCAGAAGGUAGCUAAAGCCGGAAGGGUACGAUGGGCAGGACAUGUUGCAAGAAUGCCGGACAGCAACCCUGCAAAUAUGGUGUUCGCUUCUGAUCCGGCAGGUACGAGACGGCGUGAAGCGCAGCGAGCGAAAUGGGCAGACCAGGUGCAAAACGACUUGGCGAGCGUGGGGCAUAUUCGAGGAUGGAGAGAUAUAUAAUAUAAUUAAUAUAUAAUAUAUAAUAUGUAUAAUAAUAUUGA